CUUCAGCUAAUGUCAAAAAGGAGUGACAAUGCCAUUGCCAUGAACACCGAUUAUCGGGGUGCGUGUCCACGCUCAGCAGGAGUAUCCCCUAGAGAAACUUAACAACUGAUUUUUCAUUCUCUUUCAUUUUUAAAAACCAUUUUAACGAUUGUGAGGGUGAUUUUGGGUCAGUGAGAUGUUAGAAGCGAAACGAUCUCUCAAAUCGAAGGUUAUUGACAAUAAUUUUUUGACUUUUCUCCCUCCGCGUUGAGAAAAAUUUCCUUUUUAAAUUACAAUGAAAUUCAGUUAAAUUUAUUUAAAUAAAUUACAUGGAAUUAUUCAAUAGCUCAAUGAAGACAUCAGGAUAGCAGAGUGUCAGUGACAAGUUUGAUUUUAGUAUUUUUUUUUUUAAUCAUCAAAGUUGACGUUUUCGCUACCGUUCGGAUGAUAACAAACGGUCCAACUUCACGGAGAGAAGUAAAACUGUCGUCCUGUCGUCUUGAAUACUUUAUACAAAAGGGGAUUGACAACAGCAAACAGUUUAGUGUCCUGCACGUUUAUUGUGCAUCGGAAUACUAACCGUACUUUAAAACUUGUGCUCGUUUUAUUUGGGGUAUUUUACGUUUUAUUUUUCCUCUCUGUGGUGGAGGAGAGCUGCCGCAGCGCAUCAGGACAGAUCUGUUACUUCUGGGGGCUGGGUAAGACUUGUUGUGGCUACUCACUGACAUUUGAAUGCGCGUAUACGAGGAGGUAUGGCAGGCGAAUCGAAGGGCAAAAACGAAGCUUAAAAAAAAAUUCAGGGGACAACAAAAUAGUCGGGUAAAGUUGGUACAAAAAAAAAUAUUUAUAAAUUACUCAAAAUCGCUUUCUCACUGGGGACUGGAGGGCUCUAUUUAAUUUUUAAAAUUUAGGGAAGACGAAACAGGAUAUUAUUGUUAAAUAAUCACAGCCCCUUCGGUUAUCAUUUCACCCCAUCUGAAGCCCCAGAAAGUUCUUCAAAUCAUAAAUAAAAAAUAAUUCUCCUGUUUAUAAAAUAUUUCUCAUCCACUGGAGUAAGAAGAAUUGAAGGCGACACUUGUCUUGCUCUUCACCAGGAUAUCCCCAGUAUAAUCGAAAACACACUGAGCAUAAUGAUCACUUCGACAAAGCAAAGGUGUCAAAGGAAAAGAGGAAUGAGAGGGAGACAGACGUUCAGGGAGUGAACGCGGGGGUUUUUGAGGGCACAUCGUGAAAGGGCUGGGGGAGGUGGAAUGAGGUGUACCCUCUCCACAUUUCCCCCUGCUCUCCGCAAUUGGUCAUUCGGCGAUUUUUGUCGGGCAUUCAUGCGUCCACCGGUAGAUAUUUAUUGGAAAGCCAACAGCAAUGCCAAAGCAAGUUGGGUUCACGGUACCACGGUGAGGCAUAUAAUCCUCCAUGUUAUCUCUCUCCCUCUCUCACUUUCGUCUCAUUUGGCUCACCAUUUCUCUCUCUUACUCUCUCUCUCUCUCAACCGAUUCUCAUUGAAUAUUCCCUGGAGUUAUUUACGGGUAGCCGUCGAGAUUUAUACGCCGCGUCUCUUUGCGAUCGCCCUGCGUCUUCUCUCUUGGCAAAAUCCUCUCACCCCGUUCCCUUGGUGACUCUUUCUCUCUUCGUGUUCCACCUCUGGUGGACACGGCCUUCCUCAUCUCCCUUAAACCGACUCGCGAGUCUUUUACCCUCGUUAUUCUCACGCGGGGAGUAUUUUCUUGUUCGUGGAAUCUUCGCGAGAGAAACAGAGUAGCCGGGGGAAUGCCGACAGUCCGAGGAGACGAUGAGUUCGUAUGGUUUUCAAUGAUUUUUAGAUUUUUCGGUGACUUGGGAGGGUGUUAGGAGGGUGGGCCUCAAGGGUAAUCACUAUCAAAUAAAAUAUCAAUCUCCAGAAAAAAAAAUACUCUUCUAUUAUUAUUAUUAUAAUAUUAUUAUUGAAUUUUUAUAUCGAUGCUAUUGCCCGACUCUACGAACAUUCUGGAAACUCUCUCGAUAAAUAUAACUACUACAACAUAACAGGGUAUUGUCGAUAAUAGUCGUUGUAUUGCAAAAUCUUCCCAGUCAUCAAGAUAAUUAAUGCCAAUCAUCAAUAAUCAUUAAUAAUCCUAUGCAAUAGCAUCACUGACCUCCGUAAUAUGUUACGAAAGAGCGCAUUAGUGAGUUGGUGACAGUGAUUCAAGCAAUAAGACAUCAGUAUUGGUGGAUAAAAAGAAUAUCGGCAGUCGUUUGAAACAGCCCAUUGCCGAUUAAUUCACCAUCGGGAUUUGUCAAUCAAUCCGGUGGAUUGGGUAAACAGAUGGGGGGGGGGGGAGGAGAGGGGAAUGAUUCACCUGUUUAUGGGUGAUGUGCGGGUGUCACCGAGACUCGAGAUAAAUGUUCCAUCGACUUAUGCACAGUGAGACCGAAUCGAUUGUGUAGAAUUUAAAGAGACAAAUGUCAAUGAUUGAAAAAAUACGAUUGAAAUAGACGAUUUAGUCCAUCUUCUAACGUACCUUCGGAAUCACAAUGAUGGGAUUGGAAAAUAUCGGCUGAUUGUGAUAAAUCCUUGGUUGAAUAACAAAUUACCCGUUAGUGGUGACCAAGUGCAAUCACUAUACUAUAACCUAAACACAAAUACAUUAACAGGAUAGGAAUCUAACGUGGCGUAUAUAUUUUGCAAAUACAUUGCGCGCCUUGAGUUGUUAAGGCCCAUAACCUACAAUGGGACCCGACUCUGAUGCAUUGCCCACAAUUAUCCAACUUGCUUACAUAAUACGUCUGAAUCAAUUAAUCACACUGCUAAGUGAUUUAUGGACAAAUUAUCUUUACCAACUAGCUACUGUUUAACAUUUGAUGCUUUAUUUGUUGAAUGAGGAGUGGUUUAUUCGUGUAAAAAUUGCGAGUUAUGAGAUCUCCUUAAGGCUAUCUAUACUUUGUAUAUAAAAGGUUAUAUAUUUAUUAUGAACGUAAAUAAUCCCGUACAUUUAUUAUUAAUGGGGAUGAUAUUACGAGUCUGAAUAAAAUGACUUUUCAGAUUUUUCCGAUCGCGAGGAAUAAUUAAUUUGUUGCUGAGGUUAUUAUUGUAAAAGCUCGGGCUUAUGGGGUCUCCUUUAACACAGUCUAUACUCUCAACAUUAAAAAUCAUCUAUUUAUCAUAAACAAAGGGGCUCGCAUACAUUUAUUAUCACUCCGAUUGAUGAUUUCGCGUUUUAACGAAAUUUCCGUAUCGCAGGUGUUAAUUUCCUUUUUUUUAUUGAUUGAAUAUAACAAUUACUGUCAUAAUUACAGUGACGUAUUAAUGACAUUAAUUACACAUGAAUAACUACAAAAAUAUUUAAUCAUCUGAUGAAUUCCCACUGGAUUUAUGAAAGUCAUUCAUGUUGAAUGUCGUCGGGUCUUCAGUUUCUCAGUUUUUUUUCCUUUUUUCUCUCAAAAAUAACUCACCAGAAUUUUCUCAGUCCCUUCAAUAGCAUAACUCACAUAUUUGUACGGUCAUUUGUUACCGUUUGGUGAAUGUCUGAAAAUUGCUUUCUUCAAUCAAUUAAAACUCAGAAUGAAAAUAAAAAAAAAAUGAUAAUAAUAAUGGAAUUGCACCGUCAGGGGGAGGAGGGGAUGAAACGCGGAGCGCUGAGAAGGAAACGAAGAGAUUAAGAAAGGAGAGAGGGUGAAUGGGCGAUGGGGGAGGGGGUGGUAAGGGGGUAAAGAUGGCGAGUUAAAGAGCGCGUAAGUUUAGCUGUGGCGGAUAAUGCCACGGAAUGCUGAUAAUUGGCCGAGCACAUCGUGGCGAAGGUUUUCUUGUAUAUACCUCAUGGGGGUAUAUAAAAGAGAAUGAAAAAAAAAAAAAAAAAAACGAAAAUGAGAGACGGGGGAAUACAUACUAUGGCCAGCGCACCUGGCAAGGACCCCGCACCAGCAUGUAGCCUGAGCAAGAUCAUCGGCCCAGGCCGAUCCCUCGUGUCUAAUUGAUCCAAAGUGAUUUAUAUCACCCAGCUAUAACCCGGGACUCACUUCACUGGGAGAUAAAAACGAGGGAGAGGAGUGGAAAUUUUUCAAGUGCAUUCUACCAGUCAAAUGGCUAAUGUAGGGGGGUGGAAGGGGGGGAGGUAGACAUUUUCCUGAAGGAUUGAACGAAGGACGUUGAAUGAACUUGAAAUUAAUAGUGGUAUUUGUUGGAGUACAAAUUGAAUAUUUUUACUCAAGUCAUUUCACUCGAGAUUAUUAUUAAAAUCUUGUUAAUUAAAUUCAUAAUUAUUUGUUUGAUUACAAUGAUAAAUUUCCAAACUGAAUAAACCGUCGUUCGUCCAGUCUAUUUUUUUUUUCAUCGAUCUCUCGUAUCCUAUCAAUCGAUAUUAAUACCCCAUCAUCGCGGGGAGUAAUAAUGAUUGAUUACACCGAGCCACACGUGCAAAAACAAAUUUAUGCAGAGAUAUCGGAUGGCUCGGUGACGAGUCUUAUCGAUACAGAACCAAUCCAGCAAAAGAAAUCCCGAGGAGAAUAAAAAAAUAAAUGCAAAAUGAAUAAAAUGGGUAAAUGAUCAAGGGAGGGACCACACGAUGCUUCCGUCAUGUUUAAAGAAGUCAGAUAGGGGGAGGGAGGAGGGGGGGGGAGGGGGUCCGGUAAAGUCUCACUGUUGAAGCCCAGAGGGAAAGAGAGAGCUGGUGAGCGGUGCCAGUGAGAGGCCUCCACUUCGGGGCCCUUCGCUUCGAACUCGAUAUCAGAUCGCUCGUAUAAAACUAUCGUAUCGUUUAAAUACGCACUGAAAGGUGAGGCGAUGCAUCAGGAGAUACGCGGGCGGUGGCAGCCCACGGUCCGUCGGUUCGUCGGCCGUCGAUCCGCGCCAAAGAUAUCCACCGGACGCUUGGAAUCCCAUGGGAACCCAUGGAAAACGCAGGCUUAACGCGUUUCGUAUAAACCCAAUACACACUAAACCAAUCUUCUUCAUUUUAACCCUUUACUCGCUCUUAUCUCGAAAGAUUUUUGUUGUUGUGGAAAUUUUUUUAACGAGAGAUACAAACUUGACACUAUUCCCUGAUUGUUUAACAUGGGGUAUCAGGGGUUUUCAUCGGGUUUCAGGUAUUUUUAUGAACUGGAGGAAUUCCCCAAGAUUUUUUUAAUGUGAGAGAUAAAUUUCCGGAAUUACCGUGUUUUGAUUAUUUUUUAUUUUUAUCCCUAAAUCAUAAACAUUGUUUGUUUAUUUGUGAUUAAUACUAUCACGUGCUUCUUCUUUUAUCUUACUCUUGUCAACUUUUAAUGUCCACGUGACACACUCAUCUGCCAAAAAAAAAGCGCUCGUUACGCAUUAAAAGGUGAAACAAGCUAAGGGAGUCGUGGUUAAAGGUAAUUGCACAUGGAAUUGGCAUAAAAUCCAGCGAUUCCUUGAUCGCGGCGUGUGAUAGUCCCAGCCAAUACCCCAGGAAUACAUAACCCGGUACAGAGAUAUUCCGAUUCGAAAAUGAAACGAGAUAAAAAUGAUGAAAAAAAAAAAAUAAAUAAAUAAUAAGACAGUACGAGGAAAAUUUCCGACUGCAUACUGAUGGAUUUCACUCCCAAGUGCGUACCAAACGCACACUUAUACACACUUUAUACCCGUAAUUGGAGUGGCAUUCCGGGUUAUGAGUUAAUUCCGUUGAUCGAAAUGUAGAUAUAGUACUUGAUACCCCACCUCUUUGGUUUGAGGUGCGUUUGAGACCGACAAUGUCUCCUCUCUUUUGCCGUUUUAACGAGGCGCGUAGUGACACGCGCCGAUGUUUUUUUUUUUUUAUCUCAAAAGGGUGGGGUUUAUCUCAAUGCUAUCAGAAUUUUCAAUAUUUUCAUGCGAAAUCCAUUGGGAAGAGAAAUUGUAGGGAAUUAAAUGCCAAUCAAUUCGAAGUUAUUUCCAAUUUUCCUCCCCCCCCCCUCAGCCCCUCGUGCUUCUGAUUUAAUCGAAUUUUUUUUAUUUUGAAUUUCAAUUGAAUGAAAAAUGUAGAUUUGCAAAGCCCGGAUGCAAAGGAGUGGCCGAGACCCUUUUAAGAAAAACGAAUAAUUCGAAAAUAAAAAUGAAGACACCAGAUGAAGCGGUACAUAGCAGUGUAAUCUGGCGUAGGGUAUAUAUAUAUAUUUUUUUAAAGGGUUUAGGAACUGGGCAUUGUUCCGCUAAUGAUGGAGUGGAAACGUGACAGGUGAAACCCAAUAUACGACACGCCGAAGGCCCCUUGGAGACCACGCACGUCUCUCCCAUCGUCCAACAGCACUGUGGGAUUCUGAAUUCUUCCCAAGGCCUUGAAUGACUCUGAUAUACUCCCCCUCGUGUAAAAAGAAAUCUAAAAUACCUAUUAACUGGCCAAAGAAAUUUAUUAAUUCCCCUAAUUACUGUGGUACCUUUGAAAAACGAUGAAACCUUUUUUUUCACUCAAGUCUGACUAUUUUUAAUGACUCACGGGGUUGAAAUAUUAUAAAUCGAAGACGCGGUAUUAGAAACGAAUAUUUCAGUCGAUAGACGAAUAAAAAUUCUGGUCAAUUAGUCAACUAAUUAAUGAUUUUAUCGGCGAUGCAAUACCGAGUAAUUUUUUCACUGAAAUUUCCUCCCAAAAAUUGGCGGAUUAUUUUUAAUCCUCUGCCAGACUGAAAUAUCAUAAAUAGAAUAGUUAUCGGCUGGAUAAAUUGGCAUUCGUAAAUAACCCUGAAUUAUUACUGGGUAUUCUGCAUGAGAUUAAUAUUUUAUCUUUAUUCAACUGAAGGUUUUAGAAUACAUAACUGUACUUCUGUAUCAAUCCCUCUCCCCGCACACAUCAACAUUAAUCUCGUACCAUUAAACGAAACAACCUGGCACGCAUGAACUACUAUUUUCUGACUCUCGAUAUCCAGGAGAGAUAGCAAUAAAUUGCUGGGGGUUUUUCGAAAUGGGUGGGUGCAGUAGGACGUUGAUAGGGCCUUCUGGGACUUGCUGCCAUUGCGAUAAAAAUACAGAGAAGGAAAAUCCCUUUAAAAAUCCAAAAUCGACUGGAGAAAAUAUUGAUGUUAUCGUGAAGACUAUUUCUGUAUCAAUCAAAAUUAUAUAGAGAUUAAAAUCAGAUGUAGUGAUUAUCACAUGUAAUUAUACCAUUGAGAUACUGUUAAUUACUAAAAAAUUAUUUCUAUCCAGAUAAUAAAUUUUUAAAUGAGUUGAGUUACAAUUUCAGAGACAUUGGGGACCACUCGAGGUUCCAUUCUUCGUUUGUCUUCGGUUUUGCUUUUUCUUUUCUCUCAGGAAUUGACGUCUGGUCAUUUACGACAAACUAGGGAAAACGUCAAGACGUAAUUAGUGUUAUCUGCAAACGGCCUAGAUCGGGCACGUGUCCCGGUAAACCUGAAGAGCGUGGACGUAAGCUACCGUGAAGAUUAGACGAUAAAGAUUUUCCUGGUAACAGUAGAUUAGAAAAAUUGGAGUAGAUGCAAUCUACAUUUUUCUUGCAGGUGUAUCGAAGAUUCUGCGAUCCAAUGGACACUGGAAGAACCGUAUUUUCAAAUACUCGUGAAACUGGCUUUCUGAAUGCCAUCACAGCAGCUGGUGUCACCUACGCAGUCACCAGGGCAUGUACCAUGGGCGAUCUUGUUGAGUGUUCAUGUGAAAAGAUGAACUCGAGGGGUCAUAAACUUGGUAAACACUCACGGAAAUCCCGCAUCAAGGAUUUACCCACUGAUGGGGAGUGGGAGUGGGGGGGAUGUGGGGACAACGUCAACUUUGGGUUCAGGAAGUCGAGGGAUUUCAUGGACGCCCCUUACAGGAAGCGAAGUGACAUAAAAACACUCGUUAAAUUACAUAACAAUGAUGCUGGAAGAUUGGCUGUUAGAAAUUUCAUGAGAACCGAGUGCAAGUGUCAUGGACUCUCAGGUUCAUGCACAGUGCGAACUUGUUGGCGAAAAAUGCCAUCAUUUCGUGAAAUUGGCAAUCGCCUGAAGGACUCGUUCGAUGGUGCUGCCAAGGUCAUUCCCUCCAACGAUGGCCACAAUUUCAUCCCUGAGGGAUCGACAAUCAAACCACCUGGUAGGUUUGAUUUGAUUUACAGUGAGGAUUCCCCGGAUUUCUGCAGGGCCAACAGAAAGACAGGGUCACUUGGGACACAGGGGCGUCAGUGUAAUGCCACAAGUCCCGGGGUCGAGGGUUGUGAACUUUUGUGCUGUGGGAGAGGGUACGAUACUAAAAUUGUUAAGGAGAAAGUCAAUUGCCAGUGUAGGUUCAAGUGGUGCUGUGAGGUCACUUGUAACACAUGUAAUGUCAAGAGGACAGUUAACACUUGUCGUUGAAUGUUUAUUUUUUAGGUGGAAAAUUUGCAUGCAGUAAAAUUUAUUAAUUUUCAGAUGUUUCUACGUUUAAUACCAUUUGAAAGUUUUAUGAACCACUUUUUAACAGUUUAUUUUACAGAAAUUCCAGUGAAAUUAUUUUUAAAUCAAUUAACAUAUGUCUCAUUGAGGUGCGUAAAGUUGAAAAUUGCCUGGUGCAAAUUUUUUAUCAGCGAAAAAAUACAUUCAACGGAUUUUUUGACAGGAUUUAUUCUCUGGCAAGAGACGCCAUUACUUUGUGAUUUAAGCCUACGUCAUUAAUUGAAUAAUCAUUAAUUAAAUACUCGCAGUGAUUAGAAAUAUCGUUUGACGUUAGAAAAAAAGCUUUUAAGUUAAUCAAUCGUGAAUUUCGAUGGAUGAAUGCUUGUCUACUUUAAUUAUAGAAAAUGUUUAUUAAUUGCCAUGCGCCCGGGGAAGUAAUUCGAUUAAAUAUUCAAACUAUUAAUUCGAAUUGUUGCUGUCAGGGGGUUGAAAAAGCUUUCCACGUAUCUCCCAAUUAGAUAUCCAGAGAUUAUAGAGGAAAAUAAUCUCGAAACAAUGAAAAAUUGUGUAUGCAGGGUGUAUGUAAAAAUUAUUUAAUAUUAAUUAAUCAAUUGUGAAGCUUGCUGUUGAAAAAAGAAAGAAAAUUAUCUUAAGUUUUAAUUUUUUAAUUUGAAAAAUACUCUUCCCUCUUCUUUCAUGUAAAUAAGACUGAAGAUCUUUGUACGUUUCGUAAAAACUAAAAUAGUUUUUAGGAUGAAAAAAAAAUAUUGAAUAAAAAAACAUUAACGUUCAACCGUAAAUGUCAGAUUUCCCAACCAAUUUUAGAAUCACGAGUGGAAUAAACCACAGAAUCCUUUUGACACCUCUUUCAAAUCUCUCGAAUCUUUCCACGCUAUCCCUAAUCUCAUUAUUACCUCUAUGACAAACCACAAUUUCAGAUAUGGAAACGUAUAAAUUCAUUCGAACGUGGGAUUUCACAAGUUCUGCCUUAAAAAAAAUCGUACGUUAAUAAAAUUAAAAUGAAUGAAAUUCCUACGGUUUUAUGGGUUUUACCAGUGAUACAUCUGCUUAAUAGGCAUCAUCUAAUUGACCCUAACGAAGAAAACCUUUUUAAAUUGUUUAAUAAUGUUGUCAACAAGUCAUUGGCGAAAUAUUUCGGGGGAGAACUUUUUAUUUUAUUCAUUUAUGUCUUUAUGGGGGAGGCUAUCUGAUAAAAUUCGCAUUCUUUUCAUCUCAAAUUGUAUUUUUGAAUGGAAAGUAUUGGAACAAUAUUAUUUUUCAAAAGGAAGUUUCCUUUUAUUUAAAUGGUCGAUAAGAAUAAGUUUAGAAAUAAUCUUCUGUCUGGAAAUUCGUGAAAGCUGUUAUCCUCCACAAAUACCCGUAAACAACCAAAUAAACAACAAGGGGAUGAUGAUUGAACCUUUAAACACGGAAUAGAAGGGCGGUGGGGUAUGAGAGAGGCUGGGACGUUUGAGGUAAGCGGUUAUAAAGAACUCCUGUCUACAUAUCCUAUAAAAUAGCUUUACGACAAGCCAUGGAAUUUCGCGUGACCAUAAAGCCCACAAGGAGUGCGCGUAUCGAGUUGUAAGGGCCCUCGAUGCAUGCUCGCACAGAAUAUACACUUCUGUGGCCUUCCUCCCUUUUAUUUUUUUCGUUUGUCUACGUAUACGCCAUAAACAUGAAAAACCGGGGGAGAAAAGAGGAACGCGGAAGAUCGGAAAAAAUAAAAAGGGCCUCGAUAGGGCCCAACAACCAAUUGCACAGGACUCUAACCAUUUCCGGGGGAAAUUGACAACUCGUAAAGUCGGUAAUGGGGUUUUUGUUUUUUCUUAUUGUUGUAGUUGAUGUUGGAAAUGUUGUCACGACAGGUAUUUAAUU